UCGGCCGCGGCUGACGGAAGAGGAAGUGGCGCCUCUCCGGGAGCCGGCGGAGGUGAAAGGCUCCGCGGCGGCCGUGGAGAGCCCGGGCCCGGCCGAGGCUCUUCCCCGAGCAGGUGGCGGCGGCGGCCACUGAGGAAGAUGAGGGCCGCCGGGCUGCUGUGGGCCGCGCUGUGGGGCCUGCUGCUCUCACUGGUAACUGCAGAUGAGGGGAUCCUGCACGCUUCUGGAAAUGGUGUGCCUCCAGUAACAAAGGAUUACUGUAUAAUAUACAAUUCUAAUUGGAUAUCUCUUCCAAAGAGCCUGGACAAUGCUACUUUCAGGACUCUGGAAAACCUGACUUCUACAGUACUCUGCAAUUCUUCUGAAGUUCCUUCAGUCUUAAUGAAGGACAAAGCAGUUGUAGUGAUGCGAGGAAACUGCACUUUUUUGGAGAAAGCAAGAAUUGCACAAAGUGCAGGUGCUAAAAUGCUGUUGAUUGCCAGUAAACCUAGGCUGUCUUCUCUUUCAGAUAACAAGACUGAUUUUGAAGAUGUGACUCUUCCAGUUGCUCUUAUAAGAUAUAAUGACAUAGUAGAUAUGCAGCUGGCACUUGGAAAUGAAGUUAAUGUGACUCUCUAUUCACCACCUUUGCCAGAGUUUGAUUUCAGUAUGGUUGUCAUCUUCCUAAUCGCCGUGUUUACAGUGGCACUAGGAGGCUACUGGAGUGGAGUAGCAGAACUUGAGAAUUUGAAAGCAAUAACAAGUCCUGGGGAGAGAGAAACAAGACAGAAGAAGGAAGAAAAUGUUACUUUCACCCCUGUAACUGUUAUCUUGUUUGUUGUCAUCUGUUGUGUCAUGCUGGUCUUACUUUAUUUCUUCUACAAAUGGUUAGUGUAUGUUAUAAUAUCAGUCUUCUGCUUGGCAUCUGCAAUGAGUCUAUACAACUGUCUUGCGGCAUUAAUAGGAGAAAUACCAUUUGGGCAGUGCAGGAUUGCAUGUUGCAACAAAAACAUUGAAGUGAGGCUUAUUUUUCUUGCUGUAUUCUGCAUAGCAGCAGCUGUUGUCUGGGCAGUGUUUAGAAAUGAAGAUAGGUGGGCUUGGAUUUUGCAAGAUAUUUUGGGAGUUGCUUUCUGCCUAAACUUUAUUAAAACACUGAAAAUGCCCAACUUUAAGUCCUGUGUGAUACUUCUAGGCCUUCUCCUUCUAUACGAUGUAUUUUUUGUCUUCAUAACACCGUUUAUCACAAAGAAUGGGGCAAGUAUAAUGGUUGAAGUUGCAGCUGGUCCUUUUGGAAACAGUGAAAAGAAUGAUGGAAACUUGGUGGAAGUCCCUGCUGAACGCUCAGCUCCCCAUGAGAAAUUACCUGUGGUUAUUAGAGUGCCUAGACUUGAAUACUCUGCAUCGACACUGUGUGACAUGCCAUUUUCAUUGUUGGGUUUUGGAGACAUUAUUGUCCCAGGGCUUCUGGUCGCCUAUUGUCGAAGAUUUGAUGUUCAAACAAGUUCAUCUUCCAUAUACUACAUUUCCUGUACAAUAGCUUAUGCCAUUGGUAUGGUCCUGACUUUCAUUGUUUUGGCAUUAAUGAAGAUGGGACAACCUGCCCUACUCUAUCUCGUACCAUGUACACUCAUUACUAGUUCGCUUGUUGCUUGGAGGCGCAAAGAGAUGAAGAAAUUUUGGAAGGGAAGCAGUUACCAGGUAUCGGAUUCCUCCAGGACGCCUUUGCUACAAGAUGAUGGAACACCUGGAUUAUACAGGAAAUGAAGAAAGCACAGCAUCAGCUAGUGAACAGCCUGGAGGACAAUAACAUAUAGGAUCCUGAUUUAAAAUAGUAUUCAAAUUUUCUACAAGUGAAUUACAGUAAAUUUGGUGAAGUUUUACAAGAGUAUUUCUUACUCUGUGUAAAAGGGUUUUUUACAUCUGCACCUGUAUUUUUAUGGAAAAUAUUGUUAAUAUAAAAGUAAUCAAAAUACUUGCAUUUUUACAGCCAAAACAUAGCUAGUAAAACCGUGCCUUAUUUCGAUUUAAAUAAAAGGAUAUUUUCUAUGCAA